CAGAGUGCGUCGCUGGCCGGAAGGACGCGCAGGACGGUGUCUCGUAGGACCCGGAUUAGGACAAGAUGGCGUGCUAGCGGGACAAAACUGAUGUGCUUAGAAGCAGAUUUUGAAAGCAGUUUUCUUCAAAGAAUCUUUUUUCAUCGCAGCUGAUAAGCAACGUCUUGAUACACCAUGGCGGCAGCAGUAAUGAAAUGGGUGAUAUCAAAGAGAACUAUCUUGAAACAUUUAUCUCCAAUCCAAAAUGGAGCUUUAUAUUGUGUUUGCCAUAAAUCUACAUAUUCUCCUCUUCCAGAUGACUAUAAUUGCAAAGUGGAGCUUGCUUUGACAUCGGAUGGCAGGACAAUAGUAUGCUAUCACCCUUCUGUGGACAUUCCAUACGAACAUACAAAACCUAUCCCUCGACCAGAUCCUGUGCUUAAUAAUGAAGAAACACAUGAUCAAGUGCUGAAAACCAGAUUGGAAGAAAAAAGUGAACACCUUGAGCAAGGACCCAUGAUAGAACAACUUAGCAAAAUGUUCUUUACUACUAAGCACCGUUGGUAUCCUCGUGGACAGAAAGCAGCAGAAGAUAGCCCAAGUGUUUGGACCCCUGCACCCAUGUGGGAGACCUGGAUGAAGCUCCUGCUCCUGGCUUUGACCUGGCCCAGACCCAGCUGUUGUGGCCAUUUGAGGAGUGAACCAGCUGAUGGAAGAUCUCUCUCUGACUCUCCUUCCCUUUCUCUGUGACUCUGCCUUU